AUGUUCAAAAUAGCCGCCAUUUUAUCUUUGAUGCUUAUUGCGACUUGGUCGCAGGCAGACUCUAGGCGGUUUAAAAGAGAAGCUGCAUCUUCACCUGACUACGACACAGGCAGUACAUUAUGGGCAGCCAGCCUUUCAUGCGACUCUUGUGGAAGUGAAUGCGCCUCUGCGUGUGGUACACGUCAUUUCAGAUCUUGCUGUUUCAACUAUCUGAGGAAGAAACGUGGACCUGACAAUGUAAAGUUCCUAUCUCAAAACACGCAAAAUUGGAAGCCAGAGAACUUCGAGAAGACCAAGUUGCCAGUUGUUCUGAUCGAAGACCUUGAGCCUUGGAAUAUUAUGCCAAACGAUUUUAAGCUAUACCCAUAUGAAGAUACGAUUGAAAAUAGAUUACAAGCUAUGUAUGAUGCU